UGUCGCAGCUAAAAAGUGUAUCAAAAACCUUUGGUGGGCUCAUACCUCACUCAAUCCCUCCCAAAUCACACCACUCCCUCCCCCCAAACCCUAGGCUGUCUAAUACCGCACACCACGCCAGACCACCUCAUCUGCGACGCUGCAUCAUCUCUCCGAACAACCUCUUCAGCGUCGUCGGACCACCAGAAAGGGGAAAUAUUCAUCAUUUAAUACCAGGCAUCCAUGGAAUCCAUUCGGGACUCUCUUGCUGAGGAGUUGGUUAAAGAGUGUGAAAAGUUACGGUCAGAAGUGUCUCAGCUGCCUGGCAUGAAGGCAGAGAUGGAAGCGUUAAGACUUAGACACGCGGCUGCACUCGAGUUGAUGGGUGAACGCGAUGAAGAGAUAGAAGGUUGCUCGAUCGAGUUGCUGUCUGAUCGGACGACCAUCCGAUCGAACGACUAUUCGACCAGGCUAAUCUCUCAAGCGCUCCCUUCAAUCCAAGAUUGUGUUUAUUUACUAAAGAUGCUUUGCUUGCUAUGUUUGCUGGAAAUCAAGCUAGGGAGUCUAGAAACGUCAUUCAAUAAAAUCUGA